AUGGAUGAAUAUUUGGGCGCUUUCAGAUCUUCAAGUUGCGGCCAAGAAAGAGUGAGAUUAGAAAAGGAAUUCAACGCUUGUAAUUUAGAGCGUAUCGCUGGAUUACAAAUUGAGUGGACAAUGAAUCUUGCAGAUCAUCUACAGUUGACAGAUGAAGAGAAUAAAGUAUCCAUAUUUUGCUAUGCUUCAUUUUUGGAAUGCCAGUUGAAAAGUACUAUAUUCCCAAAAGGAUUUAUCGCGGAAACAUUGCGAACUAUCCGCCUCCUUAUUCCUCAAACAGAAAAACAAACUAAGCAAUGGUUCGAGAAGAAAUGCUUGUCCGCACCUCACCUUGACCAAAAAGUGCUGAAGUGCGGUCGACUGAGGGCAGAAAAUAGGCGAAUUGAAGAUUUUGAAUUCUGGCGCGAACAACUUGUGAUUCUAAAGCAGUACUCCGAUGAAGCAGAACCAAAUACUAUAUCUCAAUGGUGGUGUGACAGACGGAAGCGAGUACAAUGGUAUACUUUCUGGGUUGCAAUGCUAGUUUUAAGUCUUACUAUUUUCUUUGGAUUGAUUGAAUGCGUGAAGGGAGCCUUACAAGUAUAUAAAGCAUUUAACAAUUAA